GACAUCACAACUCUGGGUAGUGCAUGAGUAUUUAAGGAGGUAACUGUAACCAGUUCCCAGUGUCUCCUACAACCUGUGAAUGCCAUUGGCCAUAACAAUAAGCGUAUGACUUCUGCUAGCCAAGCUGUCUAUUAGCAACAACUACAAUGUAUACCACAGAGAAUAAUGGAGGUAAUUUGAAGGUGAAUUGGUGUUAGACAAUUGACACGGAUCUAUAUGUAAUGAGCAAAUGUUUGAAUGAAACAAUGAAGAAUUCAGCUAAAUGAACUUGCUUUGUUAGACAUCAGUAAUAUCUAAGCCAUAUUUAAGAUGCAAGCAUACAGAAAACAGAAGAUAUAGAGGACUCAGGCAUAUAAAAGAUGUAAAAGACACAGGUUUACAGGAAGGAGAUGAUAUAAUUUUAGGCUAAGAGAACACAGGCACAUAGAAAACAAAAAACAUAGAAGAAUCAUUCACAGAGGAGAUAUAAAACACACAGGCUUACAGGAAGAAGAUAAAGCCUUAGUAUAAAAGGACACAGUAUACUGAAGACAGACACCACAAAGAGUUUGUGCCUGGUGAGAUGUGAACUUAACACUCAAAGAGAACUUUUGUCAGUUUUUUAGAUACUAUAACGAGCUUCUGGCUAUAAUUCAGUCCAGUUACAAAUAUAGAAACCACGCCGGAUGAUUUGAAAGGCGGUGCAGGCCCUACAAGCCGAUGACGUCAUUCAUUCUACAUCUCACAAAGAUUGAAGAGAAGGAACCAGAGAACGAUGACGUAACACAUCCACAGAGUUUCCAGGAAGAACUGGCUCGGUGUUACUCUGUAUCCGAAGACUUCCAAUCGUUCCGUAGAAGUUUCGUAUCGUUUCUAGGGAGACGUUAUUGCCAAAAUUGUGUCGUUGAUCCGAUGAGUUUUGUGUUUGGAAUAUGGUGCGUUGGUGUAUUUAUGGUCUCUAUAGGUGUGGUGUUUUUAAUCACGUGUUCUGGAAGUCGAAUGGCUACCUAUUAUCUGAUUUCCGAUGGCAUCCUCUCCAUAUUUUUUUAUCCUUUGCUGUUUGCCUACUGGCCCUUGUGGAUGGGAUUAUCAAGCCCUGACUCCUACGAAGAUGAUCCAGAUGAUUCUAGUGCAUUCAGAUGGUGGCUUGCAGUUCUAGUGAUACGCCUUCUCACCUUAAUUGCCAGUUCUGCUCUUUUGCCAUUGUACCACCAACACCAGCAAUGCUGUCAUGAAAACCUAAGCUCAGAUACAGUUGACUCUUUGUUUCCAAACUUCUGCAGUACAACAUAUCCUGUUGCUCUAAGUGCUCUUAUAUUUGGAUGGGUUUGCCUUCUAUCUACAGCAAUUCCAAUUCUGCUGUGCCUCUUACUAUUUCAGUUAGCUCCCUUUAUAGCUGGUCCAACAAAGCCUCACGUUUUAAAUAUGUAAAUAUGGGUUUUAAAUAAGUGUGGGUGGAUGUGUGUGUUGGAGGGAGGGCAUGUGUGUAUGCAUAUAUAUGUGUGUGUGUGUGUCUAUAUUUAUAUACAUAUGUGUGUGUGUGUGUGUGUGCUUAUGAUAAAUCAAAUACUGGCAAAAUACAAACACUGCCAACAUGAAACCUACAGUUCCAAGAUAAUUUGGCAUAAAUUUCAUUAAAGGCUAUAUGUAUGUGUAUAUAUGUGUGUGUGUAAGCAUGUAUGUAUAUAGCUAUAUAUAUAUAUACACACAUAUAUAUAUA